UACAUGCGGAUUUUGUCCAGGUGAUAUGUUCACUGAAGAACAGAAUGAGUUGGUUGAAUCAGCAGCCGAGAUGCUAUAUGGUCUUAUUCAUGUUCGAUACAUACUGACUACUAAAGGAAUGUCUGCAAUGUUGGAGAAGUACAAAAACUAUGACUUUGGACGAUGCCCAAGAGUUUACUGCUGUGGACAACCCUGCCUUCCAGUUGGUCAAUCAGACAUUCCUCGUUCAAGCACUGUAAAGAUAUACUGCCCCAAAUGCGAGGAUAUAUAUUACCCUCGAUCCAAGUACCAAGGCAAUAUUGAUGGGGCUUAUUUUGGAACCACAUUUCCACACCUAUUCUUAAUGACAUAUGGGCACCUUAAGCCACAAAAGGCGACGCAGAGUUAUGUUCCAAGAGUUUUUGGCUUCAAGCUCCACAAGCCGUAACCACAAUGCAAACGGCUAAACUUGUGAUGAGAUCUUGUAUUGACCAGCCUCGGAUUUUUGUGAUGCCUCAUGACUCCAUUGGUGAAUGGAUUGGCUGUAAAAAGUGAGGUAAAAUGCAGUAGCUCAGAAAGUACUACGGGUGAUCUACCAUUGGAAAUGUUUAAAGUGCAAAUUGGCGUAUUAGCAGAGCAAAUCUGUCUUUGAAUUUUAAUCUUGAGAUUAACAGAGCGCUUGUAAGAUGAUUUCAUUUUCUUUAUUGAGAUUAAUGUGCUUUUCAUUUUCAGUUCCUGUUUAUCAUUCCUUUUACUAUGAUAAAUCAUGCUCCGAUCUUUAUGCCCCUU